AUGUGCAUCUUGUCGUUAUACACAAGUAGCAUUUCGUGCACUAUUACUACUACUACUACUACUACUACUACUACUACUACUACUACUACUACUACUACUACUACUACUACUACUACUACUACUACUACUACUACUACUACUACUACUACUACUACUACUACUACUACUACUACUACUACUACUACUACUACUACUACUACUACUACUACUACUACUACUACUACUACUACUACUACUACUACUACUACUACUACUACUACUACUACUACUACUACUACUACUACUACUACUACUACUACUACUACUACUACUACUACUACUACUACUACUACUACUACUACUACUACUACUACUACUACUACUACUACUACUACUACUACUACUACUACUACUACUACUACUACUACUACUACUACUACUACUACUACUACUACUACUACUACUACUACUACUACUACUGCUACUACUACUACUACUACUACUACUACUACUACUACUACUACUACUACUACUACUACUACUACUACUACUACUACUACUACUACUACUACUACUACUACUACUACUACUACUACUACUACUACUACUACUACUACUACUACUACUACUACUACUACUACUACUACUACUACUACUACUACUACUACUACUACUACUACUACUACUACUACUACUACUACUACUACUACUACUACUACUACUACUACUACUACUACUACUACUACUACUACUACUACUACUACUACUACUACUACUACUACUACUACUACUACUACUACUACUACUACUACUACUACUACUACUACUACUACUACUACUACUACUACUACUACUACUACUACUACUACUACUACUACUACUACUACUACUACUACUACUACUACUACUACUACUACUACUACUACUACUACUACUACUACUACUACUACUACUACUACUACUACUACUACUACUACUACUACUACUACUACUACUACUACUACUACUACUACUACUACUACUACUACUACUACUACUACUACUACUACUACUACUACUACUACUACUACUACUACUACUACUACUACUACUACUACUACUACUACUACUACUACUACUACUACUACUACUACUACUACUACUACUACUACUACUACUACUACUACUACUACUACUACUACUACUACUACUACUACUACUACUACUACUACUACUACUACUACUACUACUACUACUACUACUACUACUACUACUACUACUACUACUACUACUACUACUACUACUACUACUACUACUACUACUACUACUACUACUACUACUACUACUACUACUACUACUACUACUACUACUACUACUACUACUACUACUACUACUACUACUACUACUACUACUACUACUACUACUACUACUACUACUACUACUACUACUACUACUACUACUACUACUACUACUACUACUACUACUACUACUACUACUACUACUACUACUACUACUACUACUACUACUACUACUACUACUACUACUACUACUACUACUACUACUACUACUACUACUACUACUACUACUACUACUACUACUACUACUACUACUACUACUACUACUACUACUACUACUACUACUACUACUACUACUACUACUACUACUACUACUACUACUACUACUACUACUACUACUACUACUACUACUACUACUACUACUACUACUACUACUACUACUACUACUACUACUACUACUACUACUACUACUACUACUACUACUACUACUACUACUACUACUACUACUACUACUACUACUACUACUACUACUACUACUACUACUACUACUACUACUACUACUACUACUACUACUACUACUACUACUACUACUACUACUACUACUACUACUACUACUACUACUACUACUACUACUACUACUACUACUACUACUACUACUACUACUACUACUACUACUACUACUACUACUACUACUACUACUACUACUACUACUACUACUACUACUACUACUACUACUACUACUACUACUACUACUACUACUACUACUACUACUACUACUACUACUACUACUACUACUACUACUACUACUACUACUACUACUACUACUACUACUACUACUACUACUACUACUACUACUACUACUACUACUACUACUACUACUACUACUACUACUACUACUACUACUACUACUACUACUACUACUACUACUACUACUACUACUACUACUACUACUACUACUACUACUACUACUACUACUACUACUACUACUACUACUACUACUACUACUACUACUACUACUACUACUACUACUACUACUACUACUACUACUACUUCUGCUGUAGUCUUCAUAUUACCGGUACAAAUUUAUGUAACAAAUGUUUAA